CAUGCAUGCACGCAUUUUCGUAAUUUGAUCAGGCAGAGCAGCAUACAGCCCACAUCUUUGUUACACAAUUAAUGUAAAUUACUUCUACAAUAUUGUUUUGAUUAGUGGAUUUGAAAAUAGGACAAAAUGUCCAAAUAUAAGGAUCUGGUGAAACUGUCGACGACCUAUGCCCGUCGGAUGAACCAUUUGUCGAAUCGAAUCUUCAGCGAAGUGACGCGUCCGACCAACCCUCAAUCCAUGAAAGUGGUAAAGAUGUUCAGCGAAGAGCCGAUCCAGUGCAGAGAUUAUGUGGCCAACUGGUAUCCCAGGCAUGUCGAGACGGGUGUGCUAGCGAUGAAACUACGCGAGUACGGCCUGUUCCGCGAUGAGCAUCAGGACUUCAAGGAGGAAAUGCAGCGGUUACGAGCGCUGCGCGGCAAGGCACCGCCCAAGAAAGGUGAAGGCAAACGCGCCAGUAAGAAGUAGGAUAAUGAGUUUCGAAGGAAGUUGUCGUAAAAUGUGAGUUGGAUUUUAAAA